CUCAGUCUGCAGUCUUCAUGAGACGCCUCUCUCCGAGUUUACCUCAGAGCUUCUUCCCUCCAGAUCUCACAAACACUGCAGGCCCUCCUGAUCCAGGAUGCAGCUUUUGUUCGGAGUUUUUCUGCUGGCUCUGAUUCUGCAGAGCUGCAGUGCUGAACCUGCCGCAAAGGAAUGUGACCUCCCACCGAAGUUGCGACAGGAGGUACUGCACAAGGUGUUUGAGUCACGAUGGGUUCUGGUGGAAGCAUUCUCAGAUUAUCCAGCAGGUCUGAGGUUGGUGAAGCAUGCCAACAGCUCCCUGAUGGAGAUGAAGGAGGCAUUCAACAAUGAAACGUUUCUGUUCAUCGAGAGAAACAUAGUCUCUGGAAAAUGUCUUGUGUUUCAAGUCAACAUGUCAAUUCCUGAUCCUGAGACUUCCAACCACAGCAUGGUUCUGGACAGCCCUGGAGUUAUGGAGUUUGACGGGUUGGUGUCUCCAUACAAUGAUCAGGGCCGAGCAGAUGUAUACCAGGGCUGUGCAGACUGUCUGACUGUUGUCUACAGCGGCGUCUUUCAGGGAAUUCCAGGAAGGCUGUUGCUCAUCUACAGAAAAGAAGGGAAGCAUACGGACACUGAUGAGCUAAAGACAGAUGAGAGCAUCCACAGGAAGCUGGCAGAGUGCCUCAAGUUCAAUGUUGAGACAACCUUCAUAUAUGACGGCAAGGGAGAUUUUUGUCUCGAAAAGAAGGAAGAAGAGAGAGACGCCUGAAGACGACGAGACAAGUUUUAGUUCAGAAUCUUGAAUUUAAUCUGAUGAGUUUAUUUCACUCUGACGAGUAAAGACUGAAUCGUAACCACAGACUUUCAGUUGUGUUU